CAGGAUGUGAGUUGCGCUGUUUUGGGGUGAGGCGGUGCGUUCUGGGCUGCACAACUUUCUGCGUGUUUGCGCAGUUUUGCAGCGUUUCAUCCAAUCUGGAUAAACCGAAACAUCAAGUUUAAACCAGCGGGGCUCGACAGCAACAGGGUGUUGAAAUCAGCGAAAAUACCUGAGCAGGCCGCUGCACGGUAGAGUCUUCACACAGUCACCGUCUCAUGUGUGGUUUACUCGUUGAUGCGGGGAGAAAGUUGUGGACAUGUUUUCCUGAAGUGCACGGUUUUACGGAUACAGUGUGCAACAUUGCGAUUACAGUGUUAAGGAGCCUGUCUGGACUUUGGAUUAUGUUUCCGUGGGAUUGUAAAAUCGCCUGUUCGUCAUACUGUGCGCUGUGAAACUCGAGGGAAAGUUGUCAGAGUUAUGACAUUUGCUGCGCACAAUCCCUUCAUGGAGCUGCAUGCUGUCGACUUUGAUCGAAACCAAAGUGACUCCAUGGAGCUGGCCAUGGAGAGCUCUGUGCACCAUUGAUAAGGUCCGGCACCAUAAAGAGGAUGAGAAGAAUGGACAGCAAACCUCAGAUUUGAUUCUGGAAGGAGGGUUGCAUGCUCCCCACCCUGCACUUUCCUUUGGGAUUUAUAUUUCCUCCCAAAUACCUCUGUAUACACAUUUAAACAAAGAAUUCCUCAGCCACAGGCAGUGAAAGCACACUACAGAGGCAAUAACUUUUGAGAGCUCUGACUCCAACAUUUUCGUACCUUUUAUAUUACUAUGAGUCUUCCUCCUCAAGUUAAUACUGACAAGAGCGGCAAGCAUCGGGCUGCAGCCAUGAAAGAGCCUGUGCAGCAUUCAGGGGAGGUUUAUUAUGGUAUGGGAUCUCCGGCUUUAGAGUCAAGCCACAGUGACUCUGCUGGCAGCUCUGCUGUUUAUAACCCAGAGAAAGGGCCCCAAAGUCUCCCGCACUAUCAACAGGCUGCUCCAGUAAAGUGGAUGCACCAGGACCCCAUACAGGCCCCCGGCUGGUCUCAGGAAGCUCCUGUGCCAGCCUGGGGGCAGAACUUUGGGCCCUAUAUAAGUGGAGGGAAUGUCAGGGGUCAGAUGGCGUUCCACAAGGGAGUCCAUGAGGGUGUAGCUCUGCCAUUGGGGGCAGAAAAUCCACUGCCAGGACCCAUUGAGGCUUACAGAGAUGCCACCCAGGCUCAAGCUCAAGGGAGGGGGCUCGAGUGGGAGCAGCACGCCGCGGCUGCGAUGCACCAGGCUCAGCUGCAAGCCUAUCAGCAAGCCCACAAAGGUGUCGAGCUCCAAGGUCAGCCCCAUGUGCCUUCUCACACUUUGCAGGGGUCCAUGCUGCAGCCCUUCCAGGCAACAUUUAGACCCAGCAAGCAACAGUUUUCAUCCGGUUAUUACUCUGUUUUUCCAGGCAACAAGGGAGUGCCGAGCCUGGCGUAUGGUGAGCAGCCUAAAACUCAACAACAACACCUGCUACACCAGAUGCAGCAGCAACAAAUGCAUCACCAUCACCAGCAGCAGCAGCAACAACAGCAACAGCAGUUGCAUCAGCAGCAUCACCUUCAGUUGCAACAGCAGCAACACAUGCAGAAACAGCAGCACCAAAUCCAGCAGCAUCAAAUGCAACAACAACAACUGCAGCAAAUGCAGCAUCAGUAUCACCAUCAACAACUACAGGAGCGACAGCAACAAAUUCAGCAAAUGCAGCAGCAAUUGCAACAAAAAAAUGUGCCACAGCAAGAAACAACACAACUACAGGUGCAGCCAAAACAGCAACAAACACAAAACUUUGUGACUCAUCAGCCUCCUGAGCCUUGUCCGCCUGACACCAUGCCUAAAAAAGAUGUCCUGUCAGUGGAGCCACAUCAGGAACCAGGCGCUCAAACCAGUGAUGCAUCAUCCGUGCCUGAACCAUGCUCUGAAAAGGUCGCCACAAAUCCCACAGAGCCUUCAGAUGCAACGCUGGCUGCGCCUCGACGCUCACGUCGCCUUUCCAGAGACGGACAGUCCCCGCUGGGUCCCCCUUCGACAAACAUCUGGUCUCAAGCAUCCAAAGAGCCUCCACCGUCCCAGAACGGAGUAGCAGGCACUCAGGCUGUGAAAGGAGGGGAAAGCCAGGUGACCACAGGAGGGGUCAUCCAGAUCACCAGUAGGAGAAGGAGGGCGUCUAAGGAGAUCAAUUUGGAGACUCUGGCCCAGAAAGCGUCAGAAAUGGAGUCCUUGCCUGCGAAGAUGGUCAAGGAAGAAGGUCCUUCAGGCAGACAGGCCACUAUGGUGCCUCUGGUUAUCCCUGUAUCUGUGCCAGUGCACAAGAGUCAGACAGAUCCUCCAGGUGGCUGGGCUCAGGGACGACUCGGCCCGGGUGAGCGGCCUGCAGGACAGUCCGAUCGCAAACCUUCUGUCAUUGUGGCUCGUCGGCGAUCACUCAGGAAGUGCGAGAGUUUUGGCCAGGACGGAGAAAACGAUCCGGGGCUGGACGAGUUUGGAAAAUCCAAAUUUAAGCGGCGACCUCGUCCUGAGCCUCUCAUAAUUCCUCCGCACAAACCAUCCACCUUCAUCCCUCCAUCCCUCUACUCCAGCAUCUCUUCCUACCAGAGCAACCUGCGCUCUCCAGUCCGCAUGCCUGACAACCCCCUCACCCUGCCCCCGUACACGCCUCCACCUAUCCUGUCUCCCGUGCGUGAGGGCUCGGGACUCUACUUCUCCACCUUCCUGACCAACAUUGCAAGCAACCAAAUCCUGCCACCGCCGGCUACGCCCAAGUCUGCGACACGCAGUCUGUUGCGCUCCACAAGUUCAGAAAUCACACCUCCUGUUCUGCCCUUGAUCACUGAUGCCACACCUGCUAGCCUUGAACCGCGUAUCAACAUCGGGCGGUACUACCAGGCAGAAAUUCCUGAGUUGCAAGAUCAACUUUCCUCCCAGUUUGACCAGCACAAGGCUGACUUGGUUUGGGUUCCUGUGGAUGACUCCCAUCUCAAACACGGUGAUCAAGAGAGGAUGGAGGAUUUGAUGAACAUGGCUUGUUCCAGUGUGCUCAGGGGCGGAGGAACCAACCAGGAGCUGGUUUUACACUGUUUACAUGAAUGUGGAGGUGAUUUCCUUGAAAUGCUGGGACGUUUGAUGCUCCAUGACCCAGUUUUCCCCAAAGGCCAUCACCUGACAGGUUAUCACUACUCAGGCUCUGACUGCUGGACUGCAGAAGAGAAGCAUUACUUCAAUAAGGGGAUCUCUGCCUACAGGAAGGACUUCAUUAUGGUGCAGAAAUUGGUGCAGACCAAGACUGUGGCCCAGUGUGUAGAGUUUUACUACACGUACAAGAAGCAGGUGAAGAUUGGUCGCAAUGGGAUUUUAACCUUUGGCCCUCCAGAUUCACCAGGGGAGAAGCACACAGAGGCUGUGGUGGACGUUAAGAGUUCACAGCAGUCAAAACUGACAGAUGGAGAUGACAAGAAGGAUGUUUCUUACGACCAGAGCCAUGAGAGCAGCCAGCAGGCGAGGGUUGCCCGGUCACUACAGGCUCAUGACUAUGCAGGAACAAUGGUGGUGCUCAAAGAGCCGAACACUGUGAAUAAGGAGGCUCAACAUCUGACAGCAGCUCACGGGCCUCGGGCCGAGCCUGCAGCAAAGAAGAGCAGAGCACCAGCAAAGCCCCCGCCGGAUCCUGACGCAGUAUUUCCAUGCAAGAAAUGUGGCAGGGUGUUUUAUAAAGUGAAGAGUCGUAGUGCCCACAUGAAGAGUCAUGCGGAGCAGGAGAAGAAGGCUGCAGCGCUGCGUCAGAAAGAGGAGGAGGAGCAGGCAGCAGCUGAAGCUCGGGCCAGGAAGGCGGCAGCAGCGGCGGUGGCUCAUCAGAGAAAAGAUGGGAACGGCGUCAGCAGCCAUGAAGAUUCAUCUGAGGGAGAGGAUGACAACGAUGAAGACUGGCACUAAGAGACAACAUGCAGGAGAGAAAUCAAUGAGAAGUUGGAUUGAUGGGAAAUUAGAGGGUAGAGAUGGAGAUCGAAUCAGAAAUGGAGGGAUGACAAAAGAUGUACUGCCCCACAGGAGCAGGAUGAGGAUAAGAGAAACGCUUUUCAAGUCUUCCUUUUAACCUUCACACUUCUUCCCUGGCUGACACUGGGUCUGUUAUCCAGCAGCCAGGCAGUCACACUCCACAUUUUCACACAUUUGUAUCUUUUAAAUAUUCAGAGGAAGUUUAUUUUUUUGUAAAUGCACUUAUACCAUAAGCUUCUGCUUUUGCCAAUAUUGCCUUUUUAUAUCCUUUAUUUAAUUGAAUAUAUAUCAAAAUACUAUACAUUUUCAUUGCGAAUACUAUAAGAUACUUCAUAAGAUAAUCAGGAUGCCUGUUCAGCAAUAAAACAUCAAGAUCAAAGCAAUCUUUCACUUUAUAGUAGUGGCCCUUUUAAAUAAAUAUAGAGUAAGAACUUAUAUUUAAAAUCAUUUUCUUAGGAAAAUACUGUGCUUUGCAGAUUUCCAUCAGAUUUUUAGGUUGGUUAUACACAUUUUUUACAACUAAGGGACCUUUUGAAAAUGAAUAUGUACAAAAAAGUAUAUAUGAGAUUGCCAUAUAUUUAUGAGACUGUGUUUUGCAAUGAUUUUGGUAAUAUAAAAACUAAUCAUGUCUGCUGCAAUUUGACUUAUGAAUUGAAAAGUUUAUUAAAAUCUCUACUGUUCUGAGAA